AUGAUCCUAUCCGCAAACGAAUCCGCUAGUAACGCAGUUGCCGAGUCGCCUGUCUGCACAUCCGCCGUCCCCGCAAACGCGUCAACCUCGCCCGCCGACGACUUUGCACUUCUCCCCAUCGCGAAUGCCGCCAAUCUCGCCGAUGAGCGGAAGCCGCCACCGCUGCAGCUGCGCCUAGCAGUUAGCGGAGGGGAAGUCGGGGCGGGACGGGGGACGGGUGGGGCAGCAGAGACCAAAGCGGCGGCACGGGCGGGAAUCGACAGGAAGUUAUCGGCCCCCGGGAGGCGCGCGGGAAGAAGCGCGAGCGGAGACCUGAGCGGAGGCGCAAUCAACACCAAUGGCGGAGCGGAAAGCCCGCCAGAGGCGGUCACGGGCCCGCUGACGUACCACGGGGAAGGGCGGGGGAGCGAUAAGCGGAACCCUUGGGGGCCGAGGCGCGGGGUCGUGGCGAGGGCGGGGGAAGUGGACACGGGGGAGGAGAAAGGCGCGAUCGCUCCGCUUCCGCGGAAUGGGCGGAAGGGGCGAAGGCGGAACGGGGAAUCCGCGGGUGGUAGCAGAGAUGCGCAAGAGGGGGCGGAACUGUUCAGACGCGCCGCGACCAUUGGCGACGCGAGCAGCAGCGGCGGAAGCGCUAGAAAUGGUAGCUUUGCCUUCAAUGCAGCGACCCAGUAUCGUAGCGUCAGCAGCAACAGCAGCAGACGAGGCACGAGCGCGGGCGCUACGGCUGAUUGGGAACUCACUGCUGCUUCCCCCAGCCCCGCAGCUGCUUCCGCCACGCCUAGCGCCGCGUCCGCUGCUUCCGCCACCCCCAUGAGCUCGUUCCCUAGCGACGCUACCACCCCCACCGCCGGCGCUGCGCGUGAAGGGCUGUUCGGGUUCCGCGCAGGCGCGCGCAGGCUGUAUGAGGCGCGCAAGCAGGCGAAACGGCAGGCGAGCGGCGGAAGCGGCGCAGGUGACUUGGCGGGUGGGGUGCCGUCCAUGGGGCGCGACGUGUGGGUGGCCGCGGAGAAGAAUCAGCUGGGCAGGUGGGCGGGGAGUGUAGGGAGGGGGAGCGCGGAGGGGGGAAGCGCUGAGGGGGGAAGCGGCGAGGGGGGAAGCGCGGGAGGGGGAAUCGUCGAAGGGGGAGGAUUUGAAGGGGGGAGCGACGAAGGGGGAAGCGGAGGAAGAGGUGUGGGGGAGAGCGGUGAGGGGGGGUGGGAGGGUAGUAUGAGGCUUAGGGAGGGGAGGGGCGGAGGGGAAGGGGAGGGGGAAGGUGAGAGUGGAAGGGGGAUAUGGAACGAGGUGCGGGAUAUGAUGGUGCUGCGAAGGGAGAGAGAGGAGGAGGAGGAGAGUGGCCCUGAGUGGGAUGAUAUAGACUGGGGAGAGGAGAGUGAGAGUGAGGAGGAGGAUUGGGUAGAGGAAGGAGAGGAGAGAGAAGGGGUGGAGGAGGGAAAGGAGGCAGAAGGGGAGGAGGAAGGAGAGGAGGCAGAAAGGGAGGAGGAAAGGGAGGAGGCAGAAGGGGAGGAGGAAAGGAAGGAGGCUGAAAGGGAGGAGGAGAGCAGGGGAGAUGGAGCAGCAGAGCAUGUUUCUGAAGACUCGCAGAAGUGGGUUGAAGGGAGCAUGGGGUUAAGAGGUUACGAGGAAGCUUCCUGUCUUGACGAGAUGGAAAGAGGUAGCAAUGUGAGUGAGGAGUGCGGGGAGGUCACCAAGAAGCGCAGUAAAGCCAUCGACGCGAGGAAGCACAACGAGAGUCGCUCGGCUGAAUCAGCCGUGCCAUCUCACACGCCCAGGAGGACAGGCACGUUCGAGGCACCUCAAAAGUCGCCUCUGAGCACAGGGCUUGGAGCACAAUACGAGCCCGUGUGGCCGCUCACGCCCUCUCACAGGCCUUCUCAGUCCGCCCACACGCCCGUGAGCACAGGGGUUGCGCCUCCAUACACCCCUCUCUGGCCCCUCACUCCCUCUCUCAAGCCCUCGGACUUGCCUCUCACACCUCCGAUCCCUGACACUGAUACACUGUAUGAGCCGAUCUGGCCCCUCCCUCCUGCUGGUUCCCGGCAGCGUGUGAAGAGCAGCGGUACUGAACCGCCUUGCAGUCAGGCCCGGCCGAAGAGUAGUGUGGGGAGGGAACGCGGAGCGGAUAGGGUGGGGCAGGGAGGAGGCGGAGUGGGGAAGCAGGUAAAGCGCUCUGAGACGGUUGACAGUCUAAGUCGGCCGAAGAGCAGUGGAGGGAGGGAACGGGGAGUGGAUAGGGCGGGGCAGGGAGGAGAAGGAGUGGGGCAGGGUUUGAAGCGCUCUGAAACGGUUGACACUCAAAGCCGGCCGAGGAGCAGUGGAGGGAGUCAACACGAAGCAUGCAGAGUGGGGCAGGGGUUUGAGGAGUUUGAGAAGGCAGCGGCGUGGCUGGAAGGGCAGAGUGGCUUGGAGAACUCUCAGCAACCCUCGCAGGGGGAGCAAGGGUUUAUUGUGAGGCGGCGGCAGCGGGGGAAGAGCGGUGCAGGGAGGGGAGGAGAGGUGUUGGGUGUGGGGUGGGGAUUGAGUGGUGAGUUUCCGUUGACGGCUGUGUCACGACCGCAGUCAGGGGGUGGAGGUAGGCGGAGGAGGAGCACUGGUGGCAGUGGCUUUGAUGGUGGUGAUGCUGAUGGUGAUGGUGCUGUUGGUGGCAUUGUUGCAGCAGGGGUUGACACGGCAUGCAUUGACAGAGCUCUGGUGGCAGCAGCACCAAGUGGAGAGUGUGAGGAGGCACCUUUGGAAGCAGCCAUGCCCAAUGCACUGCAUGCCUCUGAACCACAAGCCGCUGUUGCUGUUGCUGUUGCUGUUUCCGCACCAGCCACCGCUGUGCCUGUCAUUUCCACACCUGAGAUUCCCAUGCCUGAGAUUCCCAUACCUGAAAAUCCCACACCUGCCGUUCCUGCACCUGCCAUUCCCACGCCUGCCAUUCCCACACCUGCCAUUCCCACACCUGCCAUUCCCACACCUGCCAUUCCCACACCUGCUAUAGUCACAUCUCUGCCACCAAGUGUCAACUCACCUCAGGAUACAGUCACACUCGCUGUUGAAACUCCACCACACACCACCUGCAGUCCUGCUGCUAUGCCCAGUGCUGCUCCUGUGCUUACUGCUGAAGGUCCUUCAGCAGUACCUGAGGAUUCACCUUACGCACCUGAGGGUUCACCUGGAGCCCCACCCGGGCGUUCUUCGGGUUUCCCCUCGUGGAAGAGUGUACUUCGGCGGAACUCCCACAACGACUCGCUGGCGCCGGUGGCUUCGGACGGGCCCAAGGACGUGUGGGAGGCGGCAGAGAAGGAGCAGCUGGGGGGGUGGCGGAGCAGGUCCAGGGGUGCGAGGAAGAGAAGCAUCAUGGAGGCUGCUGGACGCAGCUUGAGCGGUUUGAGCGAUACAGAUCUGAGCGGUAGGACUUUGAGUGGCUUGAGCGAUGGUGAUUUGAGCGGCAGGGAUCUGAGUGGGAGAGAUUUGAGCGGCGGAGUUUUGAGCGGCCGAGGGAGUGUAAGUUGGCAUGAGACAGGGAAUGGGGUGUUGGAGGGUGGGGCAGCAGUGGGAGGAGGGGUAGAUGGUGAAAUUAACGGGGAGCAGCAAGGGGAGAGCUUUUACAUUGUACCUGCAUCUGGGUUGCAUAGCAGGAGGCACACUGUCGACGGUAUUGGGGCUGCUCUUAGCAAGUACGGCAAGUCUGCUUAUAAGGAGAACGGAAGCCGCGUAAGCAGGAUUCGGCGUGGUGUGUUUGGGGUAGCGAGGAGCAGCAGCAGCGACAACGCCUCUGCUGCUGCUGCUCAAGCAGGCAGCGGGUUGCAGGCAACAGCGGUGCCGAGAGCGCUAUCAGAGAGCAGAGAGCGUGGGCAUGGCAGGAGCGGCAGCAGGCUGAGGGUGUGGGGGUUCAGGUCGUGGGGAGGCGGUGCGGGUAGUGCCAGCGGCCGCAAGAAGGAGAGACUCUCUGGGAGUGUUGAGACGCCUUUUGAGGCUCCUUAUGAGGCUCCUUUUGACGUUCCUCUUGAGGCUCCUUUUGGGGCUCCUUUAGCGGCACGCCUUGAGGCGCCUCAAGGCGUGCCGGUGGGAACGAGGGAUGGUCGCUGUGGGGACAGCAGGGACUCGAGCGAGAAAGACUCGAGCUGCAAGGAUGGUGGAGGAGAGAAAGGCACGAGCAGCAGCAGCAGCAGCGGUGAUUGCUUUGCUCAGCAAGUCUCGCUCUCUGACAACCCUGGGGAUCCUCUUCAGGCUUCAGGUGAAACUUCAGGUGGUGGCGUGCUGUGGAAUCCGUACAGUGCGGAGGGCCGGCUGGAGAAAAUGCCGAGCUUUGUCUUAGAAGGCACGCCUUCUGGGCUGGAAUAUGAGGAGGGAGAGGGGGAGCAGGGGGAGGAGCGGGGGGAGGGGGAGGGGGGACACCUGGGUGUGGCAUGGAGCUGUCCUGUGCUUCUGCCUGAUCCCACCCUUGGUGUGCCUCCAGCGAUGCACAGCCAGCAGGGGAAGGAACGUGAACGUGGGGUGCAUGACCUGGCAGGUGGCAGGGCUGUUACAUUCGCGAGAAUGGAGCCAUUGCACGAGAGUGAGGCGAUGGAGGGGUGUGAGGGUGAGUCUGUGGGGGGUUCCGAGAGGGGGGCAGAGGGGAAAGUGGUGGAGCAAGGUGAGCGCGGUCAAGAGAAGAGGACAAGGGCUGCCGCCCUUCUUGUUGCAGUGGAGCCGUUCAGACAGCGUGUGCAGAAGGCAAUGGGGGGGCAAUUGGCGCAGGGUGUGGAGGAGUAUUUUCAGCAGCAGCGGAGACAGCAGGCGCUCGCAGGGCUCGUAACUCAGCAGCCGUUCCCUAUUGACUCAGGUCCACUGGCAUUGCCACGUCAUCUGCAACAAGCGCUGGGCCCACCUGUAGCCACGUCACUGGAGCACAGUCAGCAGCAGCAUCAGCACCAACAACAGCAGCAGCGCUUUCAGGGGUCGCAAGCCGGUGCUCCGUUAUACGCCGACUCUGUACAUGCACAGCUCCAAUCUCUCCCGGGAGGCGUUCUCAACACUCACUUCGCGUCAGGCCCAUCGGCGACGCAAUCGGACGGCGAUCUCGGCCAGAUCUACGGUCCACGAGGCUCGCAGAAUCACCCGGCUCCUCCAAACACUCUCGGGCUCACCCUUGACGAGAUCCGAGCUCCGCACAAUCUACCGAAUGUUGAAUCCAUGGCGGCGCCGAACCUUCCUGAAAAAUACGAGGUGCCGUCAUACCUCAAGGAGCUCUGGUCCGAUUCUCCAAUCCAUGGCUCCCCGUUCCGCGCGCCGGGAAGGCCCACUGACCCUGGCGGGAUGCGCGGCGGACAGCCGUUCUCACUCGGCCAAGGAAUGAUGUCGUUUGAAAAUUCGCAGAAGCAAACCGAAGCACCCGGAAGGUUCCGAGGGGAAGGAGGGUUUGGAGGGAAUGGGGAAGGAGUGAACCGCGGGAGUCCGUCUCUCGGUCCGUACCCGCAUCCCGGGCUGAACGGGGGUGAUCCGCGCUUGCAAGGGUUUUCCGAUCCUGGCGGGCCGUUCGACCCGCGUGUUGCCUCGUUAGAAGGGUCCCCGUUUGGGAGAAAGAGCGUGGAUUCAGGCAGAGGCUCUCCCAGCCGAUCCUCUCUUAGCAAUUGGCCGUAUGGGAUGAGUGAGGGCGAAGCGGAUAGAGGAAUCGGGGGAGGAGAGGGACGCGGGGACAGCCGGUUUAACCCUUCGCGCGGAGGUACGGGUGCGCCCGGAGGGGGAGGCGGAGGCGGAGGCGGAGCGGGAAGGAACGCUGGUGUGGCGCAGUGGGGGGCUGCCGGAGCGAACGGGAAGGAGGCAGGGCGGAGGGAGGAUGGAGGGAGUGGAUGGGGUGUGAGUGGCGGCGUGAGCAACGGAGGCAUGGUUACAGGAGGCAGAGAAGGCGAGGGGUUGGACGUAGGAGGAGACCCGUGGCGUCGCGCGGGCGCUCUGGGGCCAGAUGGGCUUCAAGGAAACUUCCCGUCACCGCUGCACCAGCAGUUUCCGCCUGUCCAGCAGCAGCAACAACAGCAGGGUGGGAUCAUGGGUGCAGUGACUUCGAAUGCUAACGGUGGAGCCUUUAACGCGGACGAACUUACUCUGGAGCAGUUGACCGACCCUGCUGCGGUGGCGGCGCUGGAAGGCCCGUCGAGCCAGCAGACGAUUAUGGAUCUCCUCGCCGCUGCCGGCAACGCCUUCGCCGCUCCGCAGUUGAAAGCCUCUGGCCUUCACCAGCAGCAGCAGCACCAGCACCAGCAGCAGCAGCAGCAGCAGCAGCAGCAGCAGCAGCAGCAGCAGCAGCAGCAGCACCAGCAGUAUCCGCAGCAGGAGCAGCAUCAGCAGCAGCAGCAGCAGCAGUUUCAGCAGCACCACCAGCAGCAGCAACAGCAGCAGCAGCAGCCGCAGGCGCAGCAGGGAAGGGCGCAGGAAACGGCGCGAAAGCUGUUCAACGACGACAUGUUUCCUCCGUUGGGCUCGCCCUCCGCCCCCCCGCCCGGCAAGGCCGGGGCGAGCGCGCAAGGCAGUGGCGGGGGGCCGGGGAGAGGCGCAGCAGGCGCAGAGGGAGAUGGGGCGGGCGGCGCCACCGCCGCGGGGAAGGGCGCGGAGGAUGUGAGAGAUUCGCUGGAGGCGUUGGCGGAAGAUAUGAAAGCGUUCGACCUCUCUGGUGACUUGACUGGUGACUCGGGUCAGUUUCAACUGCCGCAGGGGCGUGCGGGGCAGCAGCAGCAGCACGGACAGCAGCACAUGUCUCGGAAUCAGCCGCAGCAGCAGCAGCAGCAGGCACGGCAGCAGCAGCAGCAGCACGGUAUCCCCAUCCAUCCGCAUCGCCACCACGCUGCUUUCACUGCCGCCCCUCGCCAUCCCCCAGGCUCCAGCCCCGGCCAGCGGUUCAGGCAUCCCGAACAGCAGCAGCAGCAGCAGCAACAGGGGGGUUUGUCGCAGCAGCAGCAGCAGCAGGAGCAGCAGCAACUGCAAGCAAGACCCCAGCAGCAGCAGCAGCAGCAGCAGCAGCAGCAACAUCAGCAGCAGAGGGUGCAGUUCCGACCGCACGCCCACCGCCCGCCGUCCCUCCGCGUGGACCUCUCCCGCCUCAACUCACAUCUGCUGGCGCUCUUCCGCUCGCUGGAGCCCACAGCAGAGGAGGCGGAGCGCAAGGAGCAGCUCAUGCGCACGCUCACGCACGUGGCGGCCGCCACGUACCCGUCCGCGCAGCUGUUCCUCUACGGGUCGUGCGCCAACUCGUUUGGCGUGCGCAACUGCGACGUGGACGUGUGCCUCGCGCUGGACGGCCCGGAUGUGUCGCGUGUGGAGGUUAUUACGAAUAUGGCGACUGCACUCAGAGCGGAGGGCAUGCUGAACGUGCAGGUGAGGGUGUGGGAGGGCGCUUUGUGUGUGCAGGGGAGAAGGCAGAGGGCUGGAGCAAGGGACAGGGGACGAGGGGAGGGCAGUGAGGUAGCGCGUGCAGGUCACUCCAGUGCGCUGCUUCCCCUGUCCGUGCAACCAUUCCCCAUCGCCCAUCCCCCAUUCCUCCAAUCUUCCUAUCUUCCUGUCUUCCCAACACAGGCGCUGACCCACGCGCGUGUGCCGAUAGUGAAGUUCAUGGAUCCAGCAUCCGGAGUGGCGUGUGACAUGUGUGUCAACAACCUGGCAGCCGUGGCCAACAGCCGCCUGCUGGCGGACUAUGGGCGCCUGGACGACCGUGUGAGGCAGCUGGCGUUCCUCGUGAAGCACUGGGCGAAGAGAAGGCAGAUCAAUGAAACUUUCCGCGGCACGCUUUCUUCCUACGCCUACGUCAUCAUGUGCAUCCACUACCUGCAGCAGCGCCAGCCACCCAUUCUGCCAUGCCUGCAGGAGAUGCAGCCGCACACGUACCGCGUGCAGGUGGGGGGCGUCGUUUGUUCCUACUACGACAAGGUGGACUCGCUGCGCGGCUUUGGGGCGGCGAACGGGGAGACGGUGGGCGAGCUGCUGGCGGGGCUGUUUGAGUACUGGGCCUUCCGCCACGACUACAACCGUUGUGUCAUCAGCAUCCGCACCGGCGGCUUCCUCAGCAAGGAGGAGAAGGAGUGGACGAGGCGUGUGGGCAACGAGCGCCACCUGAUAUGCAUAGAGGACCCCUUUGACCUCGCCCACGACCUCGGCCGCGUCGUUGACCGCGCCUCCAUCCGCGUGCUGAGAGAUGAGUUUCACCGCGCUGCCAAGCUCAUGCGGCAUGACCCCAAGCCGUAUGUGACCCUCUUUGAGCCGUACGUUCGUGAAGAUGAACGGUAG